ACUAAAACUAAACAUAGUUGACUCCUCACCUCAUGCGACAGUUUAACCAACAGUAUGAGGAGUGAGUGGGUCUACCAGCGGACCAGGUGCCUAGGGCACAAAUCCCGAUAAUGCAAGCUACAGCACAAGUGGGUGAUUCCCAUUUGGUUUGCAUGUGGGACGGAGCUACUAAGGGUGGGUCACAUUCGGCUGGUGGGAUGGUUCUUUUUGACCCAGCGCGGACAGUCCUUCUGGCUAGAGGGGUCCAGUUUGCUCAAAUGGAUGAUCCUGUAGUGAUGGAAUUGCUUGUGCUUAGGGAAACUAUUAUUUGGUGUGUGGAGCAAGGUUUGUCGGAGGUCCGUUUUGAGGGCGAUGCAAAGGUGAUUAUUGACAAAAUUAAUCAAGCCGAUAGCCGGCUGGGUGCUAUUCUGGAAGAGAUUGCUCAUUAUUUUCGUACUCAGCCUGGUUUUAGUGUGCGUUUUGUAGGUCGGGAGAACAAUAGGGCUCAUUUGGUAGCUAGGAAAGCCCUCUUUUUGUAUCCGACUAUGAGUCGCUUCUUUGAUUUCCACACCUGGCUGGUUUCCAGGGUGUAACUGUCUAUUUUUUCGAUCAUGAUAUCUUUUGGAAGAUAUCAAAAAAACUCUCCACCUCAUUCCCAAAUUCAAUAUUACCCAUUACAAACAAUAAAAUCGCGUCCUUAAACUUGCUAAAAAGCGUUUGUCAACCCAUGCUCGAGCCGCGAAAGACUUGGCUGCAUCUUCCAUUCCACAAGAGCCAUGUGACCCAUCACCAUAUUGCUCCAAAAACACAACCAUAGGCUCCGCCAUUCUUCACUUCCCGCUCAACUUGACACAACAGAUCGUCCUAUGAUGAAGGCCAAACCUGCAGAAUCCUACAAAAGACUAAAGAAAUGGUCAACAUGAAUUGCAGAAUAAAUGUGAUCUUGUCUCGUUGCCUCCGCUGCGCAUCACACAAAUAUAUGUGAUCUUUCCCUAACGUUUGGGCUAAUCUCGAGUGACUAUUCUAUUCUAUUUAAAUUUAUGUACUAAAUCUAUAAAUCAAUUCAGUUUAGGUACCAAACUGUAAUUUGCAAAUGAGUAUCGGUAGAAUCCCAUCCAACUCACAUAAAUGAGUAUACGUAUGAUCUAUUUGGAUCUCAUACUCAACCUAAUUGAGUAUGAUAGUAAAAUACCCAUGAGUUUGAGGAAAAUUGACAUUUUAAAUCAAGGGGUUACGCACCCUUCCCAAAACUGGCAUCACUAAACCAGAGGUUACACAGCCUACCCAAACACAUGUAAUACAAAAUGUGCUAAUCCAAUAAGCACUUCUACUAUGCUUUAAAGUAUUAGUGCUUGAAAGUUGUUUACCACUAAAAAAUUACUAGAUACCAUAUUGAUUAUUUUCAAGGAGUGGUAGUGGUUUAUAAGACCAACUUAACCAUAUCAUUCAAAUUGGUUUAAGCUGGACCUAAAUGGUGGAAUUUUGGGUAUCAUACAAGGUACCACAACACACUCUUUGACCCCACCAAACACCCACCUCUCAAUCAUGACCUCAUACAAAGGGGGUCAAGCAAUGACAUUAUCCACGGGGGGUCAAGCACUAGGUACCAUGUCGCCUACCUUCCUUGCAAUAGGGUGUCAACACAUGAUGUCGUGCAAGGAGAGCCAUCAAGCAUACAAUUGGCGUGGUGGUGGAGAAAUACGACUAAGUGUUGAGACCCAACCACAAGGAGGUCAAGCAUGACAUCAUCCAAGAGGGUCAAGCAUGAUGUCAUGCAAAGGGGACAAACACCUAGCUACCCACAUACCAAGCACGAGGUGUCGAGUAUGACAUCGUAUAAGAAGGAUAGAGACCGUGGCGAUGGAAUUUGGCUAAGUGCCAAGACUUCGCCACCCACCCCUCAAGCAAGCUGUGUACCCGCCUACCAAGCACCAAGGUGUUAAGCAUGAUAUCAUGCCAAGGGGGUAUGGCACAACGCACCCUCUUCCCAAGUAGUCAAGCAUGCUAGGCCUCAUGGACGGUAGACAACCUUGUCAAGACCCUACAAGCAUGAUGUCAAUCCCGAAGAGGUCAGUGUGCAUCUGUCGAUUUCCCCAAGCAACCUAGUGUCGAGCAUGACUUUAUGCCAACAUGAGUAUCACAAAGCAUGAAUCUCUCACACCAAGCAAGACACCUCCAUGGCACUAGGGGCUAGCUAUCAAGUGAAGUCAUCAAAGUGCAAGGUAUCAAGCGGCAAGCACGCAAGACAGUCAAGGUGUCAAUCAAGCUACAUAAAGCACCAAGCAAAGGAGAAGCGGUUACUAAGAGACGGUUACACGUCGGUUACAAGAGAUAGUUGUAAAAUAGGAGAAACGAAAACGAAGCAAUGGUUCCACAACCAAACAUUUGACAACACGUGUUGAUAUCGAUGUAUUUGAACAUGUUUGUACUCUUAGUUCUUAUCCGUUUGCGGCUAGUAGUCGUGUAUUUUUUGCCUGUUUUACGCUAGGUUGUGCUACUUUGUCAUAUUACAGGUCCCAUACGUCGAAGGAAAGGCUAAGCACGAGAUUCGGGGCGUUUGGAGGUAAUUCGGUCGAGCUGGGGGCAAAACACGGGCAGGAGGCCUGAAGAACACGGUCGUGUACACAAACAGGCACGCAGUGUUUUUAUGUGCGAGAGUUGAACUGAUGGAAAAGCAAAACACGGGCUGGCCUAAAGAAAAACACGGUCGUGUCCAUAUUUAGGCACGACCGUGUUUUGGCCGACGAGGGCUGCUGGAGGCAAAACACGGCCGGGCAAAAGUAAAACACGAUCGUGUCCUCGACCGUGUUUUGCCCAGAAUCGGGUUUUUAAGGCAGAUUGAAGCCAAAGGAAAGGGAGAGCUGGGUUUUGGUUCCCAAACACCCAAGGGACGAACCCUAGAGAGAGAGAGCGACUUGGGAACAUUCUUGGAGUUAUUUUGGAGGAUUUCUUCGCCAUUGGAGCUCGGGAAUCAAGCUUGGAGAUGAAGAUUGAAGAUCUAGAUCAGAUUUCUGCAAUCUCUCUCUUCUCUAUGGAGUAACUUCCCUUCACUUAGGUUUUGAGGAACCCUAGUUCCAUGUGUUAGGAUCUUUCUUGUAUGAAGUUUUGGAUGCUAUAUUGUUUGAUUAUAAUCGAUUGAGACAUGAUUUAUUGAGUCAAUUGAAUCUUGAUCAAAUUCUCUUGAAUUCUGCUAUAACCUAUGAUAGAUAGAAUCUGAUUAGGUUAAGAGAGCUUCCUUGAUUGAUAGUGGUGAAUUGGUUGUGCGAGAGUCAAUCAAUUCACUGCUUUGUACUGGAAUUCAUUCUAGUAGUGGAGAUCUGUGUGAAUCGCCUUAGCAGUCUAUCCCGGUGAAGGCUAGUCGCCUGCCGGGUAUUCUGUCUAAGAGGGCUUCUGGGCUUGGUCAGCUUAAGAGAUUCCAAGCUAAUUUAGGAUCUUCCGCAGUUUAAUCAACAGUAGAUUAACCAAAGGUAAUUGCAACUUGGACCUAAUUGAGGAGCUAGGGUGAAUCAUACCUAAGUGAGUUCCCAACUUGUAAUUAGUAGAGUAGUUAGUAGAGUAGUUUAGUAAACCAAUCCUUAAUCUAGUUUGCUAGAUAAUGAACUGAAGCUGAGUAAUAGUAACUCUAGAGACCCAUGGAUUCGAUAUUUAUUACUUGUGCCACUAUACUGCAGUCUCUUUCAUUGGUUACACUUGGUCAUUGUUAGGUGUUGUGUCAUAGUGUGUCACGUGUCAAACUUUAUCUGUUAUCUUCAAUGUAGCCAUCGCCUUAGUUUUUAGCUUAUAGAGCUCUCACUGAACCUACAUAGGAGUAGAGUAGAGUAAAGCAACUUAGUUUUCUCAAUCAUCAAACACCCUCGUUCGGACAUUGUUCGAAGAGGUGUGAAUCGUGUUAUUAAUCAUUGUUCAAGACGUCAAGGUGCAUUUAUUGAGUUCAAACACAAGAGUUUUCUCUCCGGAAAACAAAAGUACAACUUGAAG